AUGGCGAUGUAUUCCCCACGAAAAAAUCCGACGACUUGUGCAAUCUGUGCCAAGGUGUCGAGCAGUGCCGGCUGCAAGAGGUGGUGUGACCAGCACAUAGUUAUUAGCGACAGCCAGGCUACAUGUGUGCCUCUCAACUACACCUUCCUGCCGCAGGAGUUGAAGAAACUCGGCUAUGCUACCCACAUGGUUGGCAAAUGGCACCUGGGGUUCUGCAAGUGGGAGUGCACACCAACGUACAGAGGGUUUGACACGUUCUUCGGCUACUACAACGCACAGGAGGGCUACUUCAACCACAGCUUAGGUGGCUAUUUAGACUACAGAGACAACAAACUUCCUGCUUGGGACUACAAAGGAGAAUAUUCAGCUUAUACAUUCGCCCAGAAAGCUGUUGACAUCAUCCACCAACACAAUGUCUCCCAGCCGCUGUUUAUGUACCUGCCCUAUCAGAGCGUACACGAUCCAAUGGAGGUUCCCGUAGAGUACUUCAACAUGUACCCUAAUGUGAUGAACCAAGGUCGCAGGACGUACUCAGGAAUGGUGACGGCCCUCGACGAUGCAGUUGGGAACGUGACAAUGGCACUUAAAAAGAAGGGCCUGUUUGAAAACACACUCAUUCUCUUUACCGCUGACAACGGCGGCCCUAUAACAAGUUAUGCCAACAACUGGCCUCUGAGAGGAGGCAAGCACACGAUCUGGGAGGGGGGCACGAGGGGGGCAUCCUUCAUGUAUGGCACCGGCUUGAAAAAAACAAAGACAACUUACAAUGGAAUGAUGCAUGCUGUAGACUGGAAGCCAACAUUGGUGACAGCAGCUGGUGGCUCUCCUGAAAUGUCAAUUGACGGUAUAAGUCACUGGGAAUCGAUCAGGAAUGGGCUUCCUUCGUCAAGGACCGAGUUUAUCUACAAUCUUGACAACUUUGAGCCAGCAAUUGAGGGACAUGCUGGAAUCAGGGUUGGAGACUACAAGCUGAUAAUGGGCUACCCAGGUGGACCCGAUGGCUGGCCCGAGCCUAUGAACAGAACAGAGAGGGAUAUUUAUAUAACCACCAUAUAUGUUGAAGGAGAUAGUCCAGUUCAUCUGUACAAUAUACGUGACGAUCCAACUGAGCAUAACGACCUGGCACAGAAGAUGCCGGACAUUGUUAACAAACUAAAAGCCCGGAUGGAUGACUACCGGAAGCAGAUGGUCCCCGCUGAUUACCCUCCGCCUGAUCCAGCUGCAAAUCCAAAGAAUUUUGGGAACGCAUGGACACCAGGAUGGUGCUGAGCUUACAUCUACCCUUUUCGCGGUCACCUGGGUCCAUUUGCACAAAGCGAUCUUAGCGCUACAAUUAUUGUAAAUCCUUAAGAUCGCGAUCUUAGGCUUCGGCUUCAAU